AUGGCGUUGCCCGAGCAGGAUGCAGCCAUGGACAUGCUGUCUCAGAGCACCCGGUGCCCAAGUCGCACCCCGUCCUGUGGCUGGACCGCCGUGCUGCUGCUGCUGAUCCCGGUGCUGUAUGUGGCAGUGGAGCUGUAUGAGACAAUACAGACACACGUGACACGACAGCUGACCAACACCCUGGUGCCUUCCUCCCGUCCCCGCUCCCACUCCUACCGGCAUUUCUACACGGGGGUGUCGGACCCCAGCCCGGGCGUGUCCGCCUUCACUGCCGUGGGCUACGUGGACGACCAGCAAAUUCUGCACUACGACAGCGAGACGCGGAGACAGGAGCCGCGCGGGGACUGGAUGCAGGGGGCCGUCGGACCAGGCUUCUGGGACAAGGAAACCAGGACGUUGCAGCGCUGGCAGGAGGGAUUUAAACGGAACCUGGUCACCCUGCAGCAUCGCUACAACCAGACAGGCGGGUCUCGCACUCUCCAGUUCAUGUACGGCUGUGACCUCCAUGAAGACAACAGCACUGGAGGCCACAUGCAGUGGGCCUACAAUGGGGGAGAUUUCAUCAGCUAUGACCUGGGAACGUGCACCUGGGUAGCAGCCCCUACACAGGCCCAGCGCACCCAGCACAGCUGGAAUGAGGAUCAGGCUCUUCUUCAGAGUACAAGAGCCUACCUGGAGGAGACCUGCAUCACGUGGCUGCGGCAGUACCUGCAGCACGGGGAGGCAGCGCUGCAGAGCAAGCGUCCCGUGGCACAGGUGAGCGACAGGCCAUCCCGGGACGGACGCACCACCCUGUCCUGCCGGGUCCACGGCUUCUACCCCAGGGACAUCUCCGUCGUCUGGCUGCAGAGCGGGGAGGUGCAGACCCAGGAGAUGAGCCAUUCGGGGGUCCUUCCCAGUGGAGAUGGGACCUACCAGACCUGGGCCACUAUUGAGAUUGACCCGAGCAACAGCCACGACUACGCCUGCCUUGUGGAGCAUAAGAACCUGGGUUUAGUCCUGUGUGUGUUCUGGGAUAAGGGCAGGACGGAGUACAACCGGAAGCUGAUUGUGGGCAUCCUUGUCGGUGCUGUGCUCUUUCUGGUCAUCGUUGUGAUGGGUGCAGCUGGUUACUUCCUCAAAGGAAGACGGAAACAACGACGAAGUACCCGUCACCAAGGAGGACUUUGACGGGCAGGACCCAGUGCGGAUCUACCGCCCGUGGGACCAGGUCGGCUACAACCACUUCAUCACGCCCUGGGCUCCACGUGCUGCUGGGUGGCUUCUCCUCCGGCCACGUCUGGCUCAGGAAGUCCAAGGAUGAUACGGUGCGCGAG